AGAAGAAGCAUUUUUUUCGACUUCAAAGUCCUGCCUGUGUGUUGUGUACCCGUGUGAAGAAGUUGGUACUUCUUUUCUACUCAUAAGUACAUGGAUUCAAAUCCAUUUAUUUCGUUGGUGUAAGACUAAAAAGAUGAAGUCAGUCCGACAAACCAUUAAUAAAGAUAGCGUGGCUAUAGAUUAUUUUAUUUUGUUUUUACUUUACCUGUAAUCAGUAUAUUCAGUAAGUAGCUUAGUCUUGCUCCCACUAGUGUUUAGCAUCGAUUUAUCUCGAUGUCCACCUGACUGUAUGCGUAUCUAUCCUUUGUUUUUCAGAUAUAUAACAAGAAUGCCGUUUUUUCAACGUCGUGGUGCCUCCCUGCGCCGCCUUUUCUGUCGUCCUACGACUUUUUUGCUGCGCACUAGAAGACUUGCACAUUUGCUCUACUCCUGUGUUGCUAUAAUGUGGCAAGAAAAUGCUGUAGCUCUCUCGUUACGAUUGUCGCGAUCACCAGGACCUCCACGGCGUGUUGGAAACCCUCUGAUAUGCAGACCACAAGUUAAGAGAUUAUUUGGUCUUCUACUUACUAGUGCAAAUUAAAACAAAAUAUGCAUUUACUUUUACACUCAGAAAUUAUAAAGCAAUAAGUAUCCCCUUCCCCAAAUCCAAAUUUUUGACAUACCCCUGGACUGGGUGUACUACUCCUACUACUACUAGUGUCGUCGCUCUAUCUCUAUCAUGGUGACGUGACGAUAUCCAUAGAUCAGGAUCCUGAGAAUCAUUAUGAAGGCAGGCAGGGCUACUUAGCGUCGGAGCCGGUAUCGGUUCAGGCUUUGCCCUUCCUGAGGAGAAAACCAAUGGGAGGAUGACUUCUCAGGAUGGAGUCACUUCUCACUACAUUGUACUUGUAGCAAUUAUACGAGGACUACGUCGACUUCCACUUCCUAGGUAGAUGUCUUCUAUGUGUCCGCUUCAUGUUGCGAUCCUUUGAAUUCGAUCGCAAGGGUUCUCUUCUAAAAGACCGAAAUAUUAGGAAGUCGGCGUAGUCCUCGGUCAUAUGACAGUAUUUUUUUGUUUUUAUUCGAGGACUAAGUCAACUUCUUGGAAAAGAAAUAAUAGCUAUUAGCUCUUCGUAGAAGAAUAGAAAUAGCUAUUAGCCCUUCUAACCCAAAGCUGUGUGUAAUCCCACAGCAGACGCCGCGUGGUCCGACCCCAGGGAUGCGGAGGAUCGUUUCUUUGAACGGCACACACGAAUACGAAAUUCCACGUGGCGUAGACAUCCGGAAAUUGUCGAGUUAAGGCGCAGAGAUAAUCGAUACACACUCGCUUCACUAGUACAGGCCACUUUUGGUGUAGUUUCUCCCUUUCUUGUUGUUCCUUCUACUUGAUGAAACUCAUCUCUCACGAGAAGAUAAUGAGUGAAAGAGGAUGCGGCGACCACGAAGGGCUAUAUCAUAGGCACUCACAUGAAGGAAUAUUUCCUCGACGAGCAACAGCUCUAAUCAGUAGAAGAAAUGUCUGGAGACAAAAGCUGUAGUCGCUGUCUUACUGAUGCAUUUGUAGGGAUGUGUUCGGACAGCGUAUGCACAGCAGGCUUAGCGGGUAUGAUGGAGCAAUGCGCUGCAGCAUGUCCGUGUAAUGCGACGCGCAGAAGGUUUUUAUUAUGGAGAAGAGGAAUACUAGAACAAGUUGUGUCUCUAUUCGGGUCAUAACUUGUUGUUCUACUAUUCCUCUUCUCCAUAAUAAAAGAGGAAUAGUAGAACAACAAGUUGCAGGGAAAACAAAAGUACAAGUACAGCUCCUGCCGUGUCUCUAUUCGGGUCACAACUUGAACCAGGCAGUUGCUUGCAGCUGCUACUUACUUUCUUACUCGAUCUGUUCCUGUUGGGAGUGAAAUCGAUCUCUUCAGGCUGUUGAUUAUCUACCUAACUGGAUAUUCUUCGGACUUUGUAUUUGUUUUCAAAACAAAAGUACAAGUGCAAGUACUACAGCUCCUGGAUAAACAAAAGUACAAGUACAGCUCCUGGAUGCGUAGUCUAGUGGAUAGAUAGAUGAAGUACUAACAGCCGUAGAUAGCUCCUGUAUGCGAGCUGUAUGCGCAGUACUAAGUCACUCUUUUCUAUCUUCCUCUGGUCUUUCUUUUUUCUAGUUAGGUCUGCUCCACCACAACUAUAGCAGUAAGAGCGCCCUAACGCGGAGCCGCCGACGCUAUUCUCUUUUGUCGAUGUAAGGCCCUUGGCUGCGUUAAUAUUAAUAAGCGUUCUUAUUUUUCCACAACGAAUCAAUGAACACAACAACAACACUUUCGUACACAGUAAGGCCAUGUGACAGUGAUUUUCAGACUACUUACCUCGCCUUCUAACUCCCGCAGACGGACAUCACCCAGUCCCACAUCCUAGUAAUGUACUUGGUUGUGCCAAUAUCGAUGUGGUACAAAAGUUCGCAGAGAAUGGGGGCCUCUGUGGAGAUCAGGAUGCGCAUUAAGGUGGGAAGUUUAUUUAACAGAACAAUUUAUAACACGAAUGACGGCUGGCACGAAUGGCACGGUUGGGGCAACCCAACGAAGCCAAAAAGUGCCACGAAUGUCUAAGACUAUGGGGAGAUCUUCGGGAUGCACAUUAAGGUGCAAGGUUCAGGUUUACUCUCAAAUAGACAGAACAACUAUGUCCUGAAACUGAGUUGUAAAGGAAAAGUAGCAUUAGGAAGUACAUGUAGUAGUUUCAAUUUUGUUCUCGAGAUAGAUGAGUAUUCAGGUGGUACUAAGGUAGGAUCUUCAAGAACCCAAGAUGUAUGAUUGUCCCCUAGACACAUGAUAGAUCGAUUUCGAUAUCGAUGAGUUCAUUCUAAGCACAACUAGCAGAAAUGUUGAAGAACAGACCUGCGCAAGGAAAUGUCUAUGCGCGUAGCGCAGUAGAAUUGAUCUGCUGCACUGCACCUCCCAAGUCAGCAAGAGGACCAUUAAGGCUUCUUUCACGAGGUAAAGGAAUUCCAUGUUGGCAUUUGUGGUUCUUUGUGUCAACAGUGAGAACCAGGCAGACAAUCGUAAUUGAAGGAUGAGGAUGCAAAACGCCAACGACUAAGCAAGGAAUUUAUUCAGUAGAGAUUGGUAAUUUCAAGCACUACCACUGUCUACUGAGAGUGAGUGUGAGAUUCAUCACACAGCUCUAAAAUUAUCUGCGUCAGAGCAGCUACAAUGUGAACAGGCAGAAGGAUGGCCGAAUGAGGAGAAGUUUUGUCGCGCCAUAGCGCCUUCCGUUGAGAAUGGUGCUCUUCUUCAGGACGCAGUGCUUAUGGAUGUGGAAAGAGAUGUACAUGUAAAGUACUGUGGUCUUCCUCGUCGGUUCAUCUCGUCAUGAAUGUAGUUGAUGAAGAACAGUAAGAAGUACUACUAGGUUUUCUGUUCUUCUAAACUCUACUGUUCUUGUACUUCUUAUGCUAGCCUGGGUGGAGCAAUGAACGACCUACUUGCAUUCAUCUACUUAUGUUGAAGUAGAUGAAUGCAAGUAGGUCGUUCAUUUGUCCACCCAGGCUAGCAUAAGAAGUUCAUCUUCCUUCUUCUAAUUCAACAAACGACCUUGCUGGAGGCGGGCAGCAGCUGCAGAAAUUGAGAAUACAAUCGCCAACGGACUUGUGGGCAACGUUUCAGGAAUGGGUGAGGGAACAGGUCCACAAGUCCCAGACCUACGCACCUUUGCAGGAAGUAGUAGAUCUUGAGUUAUGAAUGUGCACCUUUACAGGAAGUAGUAGAUCUUGAGUUAUGCUUGGUGGUUUUGAAAUGUCGCUGUCCAACGAACUGUGUGGAUGUGAUUUUUUGAUAGAAGUAGCUGUUCCUGUUCCUUUUUCUCGGUCAAAUAAACUAAGUACCUGUUGGUUCUGUCGUGGGAGCACUAGUCGUGCGCAGUAAUAGUUGUCUCAUUCACGGCGUUGAUUUUCAUGUUCAUCAUAGUCCUCAAAGUCAAAGUUCUACUUCUAACAAAAACCACCUAUGAUCUACUAGGUGCCUCCUAAUCAAUCUUCUUAUCGUCCUUCUAACAAAAACCGCCUAUCUACUUGGCGCUGGCGCUUUCGGCCAAGUCUACGCCGCGACCUUGAAGGCGACAGGAGAACGCGUCGCAGUAAAGCGUUACCAGACGCCUAGCUUCGAACGGCCAGGAAAGUUUAGAUUUGUCACGUGGGAAGACUACCUGAAAGGCACAAAAAGAUUGGAAAUUUAAGGCAUCUUUCACGACUGUUCUGCGCGUUGAUGAAGUGAAAUUGAUUCAGAUCUACUCAGAUUAAAUGAGGUGGAAGCGGCUCUUUGUUUUCAGAAUCUUAGGCUGGCAGUGGAUCGUUUGGCCUCCUAUCUUCAGUCAAAGUUUUAGCAACUCCGCUUCUCAUCUACGUCUUGCAUCUAUCAUUCAUCUUCAUCUUCUCCUAACGGUUCUUCUAACUCCUCGAUCUGGCAAGAGAGGAAUGUAGAUGGGCGCAGAAGAUUGAGGCGACUGGGCACGAAGCAGCAAGGUAUUUCAUCAAAUGCUAUGCAGCCAACAUCGGCGAAAUGGAACAAGUACCGGCUGUGCAAGUGUAUGGAUUGAAAGGGGUGAUGUUGGUUAAUGUAGUUUUAAAAUGAAACAAGUACCGGUCGUUAUACAGGUGUAUCGAUUGGAUGGAGGGGUGAUGAAUAUGAAUAGUUCUAGUUUUGUAGUAGGACGAGGCUUGGGCUUGGCUUUGGGUUUCUUGACUCGAUCAUCUAGUACAGAAUGGAGUAGCGGCUGCGUCUGCAGUAAACAACUCAAUAUUCAAUAAGUAUAUCAGUUUUUUUCGGGUAAUAUGACUAUGGACAGAACUAUAGAAGAAAAAACCCUUUUCAUUAUCAAAUCAACGAAAAUUUUUUCAGUCCACUCAUCUAAGUCGCCACGUCAUCUAAAGCGACUUUAGCUAGCUACUUUAAAGGGCUGGGCGCGGGGUGAAUCGGGUCGGAGUAGGGGCACAGGUGGCGAAAGGGGUGCUGGGUCAUGGGUAGCCAGGGAUCUGCAUGCGGAGGGGUUCAUAUCAGUUUUUUUCGGGUAAUUUAUGACUAUGGACAGAGCUGCUGUCGAUAUCUUGAACUUCCCUUCGUACGAUAUCAGUCCUUGUUGUGCCUUUCCUUUUCACCGUGAGACUAAAACUCGUCCUCCAUCUUCUCCUUCAUCACUGCAACUUGCCACAGGGAGUGCAUCUUCCACCUGGGGGAUUGCCUGUACCAAUGAAACUACGACAGAAGAGCGAAAAGCUACCACGUCAUGCUACAGACGAACUGUACAUCGUGCUCGAGUACGUCUCCGAAAAAUUAAUCACGUCAACUUAUGCUGGAGGGUAUAUUUCAUGCAUCGCUCUUCUUGAGUACUUACCCAGACGUUGUAUAAUCCGAAAAUUUAUUAUCCCUCGGCUUUUAGUUUUACUCAUGAUUACAUACAUAUUGCGUUGAACUUGAAGUUCAGGCUGGCGUUGGUUAAGCAACCGCAGCAACCGCAUGACCUUGGCGUUGAAACUGGAAGGAUGUAGGUAUUAUCCCUGAGACUCCGUCGUGGUGAACUACUUCUAAUCUCCCGGAGCCCCAGAGCCAGAAGAGCUUCAAAAUCAUGUUGGUUCACCGCUGUGCCCUCAUCAAUUUUGUGGUGAGGUUGGACGGAACAACCAGAUAACAAGUGCAGGCGUUGGAGGACAGGCGAACUUUAGUACACCAAGCAUAGGAGUGAUUAGCUUCAACAAAGUCGAUGUCACUGGACAGAGUCUUCAAAGGCCUCGAUCCAGCUCGCCGUUGCCAGAUGCGCAGAGGAGUGAGCUUAUGGUGGAUAGAGAAGACGUUGUAGAAGGAGACCACCCGGAAGGUGGCCCGUAGAAGUGAGUUCUGGUUCAUCUGGUAGUCGUUUUUACUCAGUCGACUCCUCUUGUAAUGCACUGAUCCAGAUCCGACUACAGCUCUAACAAUACCCCUCGCCCAACGCGCAAUCCGGUUUUAAUCAUCCGCCAGCUGUUCGAGGCAGUCCACUUCCUCAACAACGUGGUAGGUGCGUCUCAUCAUGACCUCAAGUCGGACAACUUGCUGUUUUCGGUCGAACACAAUGCUGUCAAGUUAAGUAUAAGUCUAGAGUAAGACCUUAUAUUAUUUUAUUUUUGUAUACCCAGCAGUCGUUGUAGAACUAGAAGAAGCAAGUUAAGAAAGUAGUGUGCUCAACAGGGGCAAGCGCAGUUCGUCAUAAUUGUUCUUAGUCGUAGGCCCAAUCCGGAUCGACUAACAUCGUCAUCACUUAAGCUUAAGUAUCAUGGUGAUGAUUUACCCUACGGCGACGCUUAACUUUAACAAGUGAUAUGUUGAACAGCUCCAAUCCAAAUCAUCGAUUACGGUGCUAUGGUGAACAUACGAAAAGCGAUAGAGCUUGGACGACUCGGGAACGGGGUUGCUACGCUGUGGACUCCAGGUUUUGCUCCAAAGGAGCUAGAAGAGUUAAGGAGAAAGUCCAAUUUCUGCCGAUCCGGUGCUGAAUGCGCAGGGCUGGUGAGGCAGGAGCCCAUCUGAAUCUGAGAAAGUAAGUAAGUAAGUAAGUAAGUAAGUAGAAUUGAACAGGAGAAAGUAAGCACUUAAGUUAGUUUCACAUUCACUUUCUCUUUCAGGCAUUGUAGACUGAGAAGUGUGAGUGGUAGUGAGAGACUGUUGUUGAGUGUCUAGAGUCACAAUUACUCUUCAGUGAAGAGGGCACUACAACUAUCCACUAUGUAAAUUAAUUUAUACAGCUGAUGUUAGUCCUAGUGCCACUCUUCUACAUACACUCUCUCCUACCUAGUGCUCUCUCUUCUACCUAGACCCUCUUCUACCUAGAGACUCUCCUAUGAAACUCAAACUCUCUCCUAAAAAACGGUUCCGGAGAGGAAGCAUUACACGCACUGGAAACCUUCGACAUUUUCUCCCUUGCCAACGUGCUCGGCCAGUUGCUGAUGGACAAUCAUAACGUGAUUCAAAGCACGUAUAUUUAAGGCAAGGACGUUAAUCCCCUCCCCCGUAUCCUAAUCAUACAUAGAAGUAGAUGUGGAAGUCCAUGUUAAUAAGAUAAGUAUGAGAGAAUUUUGGAGCAGCGACGAGUAGAAGAUGUUGCAGCUAGAGGGAACGCGGAGGAGCGCCUGCUUGAGAAUGUUUCUCAGGAUUCCUGUUCUUCUAGGAGCAGACGAUGAUUUACUAAGUAGGAUACUCAUAUUACUUCUGGGAUCAGACGAUGAUGAUAUAGUGAGGCGCGAUAGCGCGCUCCGACUCCGAGUUCUUGUUCCUCUAAAACCUGGUCAAUUGUCAAGGUCCGGUUGUGAUGAAUUUUUGGCGCUGUAUGUGGAAGCAGCGGACUUACUUCGUCAAAUAUGAGGAAUUGGAGAGCGAUUUUGCUUUAAGGCUUGGAUUACCUGCUAGACUUGUUUUACCUGCUUGAUGCUAGUGUCAUAUUUCUUUGUGGAUAUAGGUAGUGAAAUCAAAAAAAGGUUAGUAAAAGAACGAACGUCAAUGUGACGAGUCUCGAUCCCCUUGCGAGGCUAGGGUACUGCUUGAGGGUACUACUGCUUGAGGCGAAAAGAAAGUAAAGCCAUAUUAGAUCGAUGAACGCAAUCUUGAUGUAGUUGACGUCCAUCUUCAUUCUAAGUGUCGAUCCUUCGCAUCUGCAAGAUGUUUUUCUGGAACCCUACCUAAAGCAGCUACGGUUACAUGCGAUCGUGAACCCGGUGAAUACUCCUGCGGUCCUCCGAAAACUGGACUCGAGAUUCUAUCAGAGCAGUGCUGGUGGAGGUGCUGGCGCGGGUAAUGUUAUGACGGCAAGACAGAGAGAGGGAGUUGCAGCCUCGUCGAGUAAGUAGGAAUACUAGGGAAGCAAGGAGGCCGAGGCACUUAACGUACUAAAGGCAGUGUUUUAUUCUUAGAAAAUAUAUUUAUAAAGCAUUUAGAUAGUUGCCCUUUUCUCCUUUCUAUCUUCCUCUGGUCUUUCUUUUUUCUAGUUAGGUCAGUCGGCUCCGCCACAAUUUCUAAAGCAUUUAGAUUUACAAAGACUUCAAUCUUCUAAGAUCUCUCGUCGUCCCCUAUCCGCCCGUAGUCGGAGUGGGUCUCGCGUUCGCUUUGCGGAUGAAGAAAAUAUGCAACUACAAGAGGAGCAUUAUCUAGAACCUCCUCAUGGUGCGCCACAGUUGCCGUUUGGUCUUCAUGCACACUUGCCUGCUGAGCUGGGCCUGGGCGGAGGGUUUGUUAUGGCAAAGCCUUUGGGGAGAGGGAGUAGAAGCAGUGGUUUCUUUCUGGCGUUCUUCGGGUAUCUAAUAUUCGUUGGUGUUUGAUGAGCUAUUCCUAAAAGGUUAGCGGUGGCAAGGACCUGAAAAGAUGUGACCUGGAGUGAUGAACUAAGAACGUCGAAGGGUAGCAGCGGCAAGAAUGUGAAAUCAGGUUAGCAGUCGUGGCAAUGAAUCAAGAUUGAGCUAGCUUAGGCUUAUUUUCUAAUUCCCGGCAACUUUCCAGAUCAAAAAGCUCCAGUCCAACAGGAUCGUCAUCCGGACUUUCUCCGUCGUCGAUUUUGGGGAAGCCGUCGUGUUGCACGAAACCGAGAGCAGCAAGGGCAACAAGUACAAGGGCAGCAGCGAACAAUAUUAAGGCGAUCUUCUUCGUGAGGCGGGACAGGAGGGGGCAGGAGGUGCUUGGAACAGCGGGGAGGUAGUUGGUGGAAAGAGUUUUUUGUUGGUGGAAAGAAAUAUAUAAUAGAAUUAGGAUUUUUUUAGCCCGUCACGGGUCGAGUUUCUCGGGUUGCUCGAGUUGCCCACCGUAAUUUUUUGCGCGGCGCCCUUCGGGCGCAGCUUUAUGAGGCUCCGAGACUCGUAGCAGGAGCGUACGACACUCCACGCCAUGCCUCCGAUCCCUGGCGUUCUUCUUAAUCUAUCAAUGCGCACCAGAGACGAGAGGGAGUAACCACCUUCAGCGCGGGAACUCCUCCCAGCCACUUGAUCAAACACGCAAGGCAUCAACCACAUGCCCGAGGCUACUCACUUCCUUCUUCGCUGAGUGGGCCGCUCUCCAAAGCAGGCGGGAGCUCACUCCCAGCCCCAAAAGAGACUCAUUGGCCACACAAACAUCUGAAGAAAAAAGGGAGAGACCAGACGGGCACCGACCCAACGGCAAGCCACAGCGACACUCCCUCCCCUCAAACAAAAACAGCAACGAGGCGAAGCAAGCCGUCGGCCCCUAAAUGCCUGCGCUUCAAACGCGCGCCCACACGCUACAAGAAAAAAAGCCGGAAGGGCUCGCUGGGGAGCCCUUCGCAACCGAUUGCCCCUUUCGUGAGAGAGCAACAACAAAAGCAGCCACUUCUUCACUUCGCGCAGCAGGCACCGUUCUCAUACCCCCCGGCUCCGCCGCAUUCUGGUGGGGCGGAUAUCUUCCGGCAACUCGUGGCAACUCGUUCCAGAAUUGAAGCCCUUCGCUUCGGCAAAACGAGCAACUCGCUGCAACUCGAGUAACUCGAAACCCGACGUUUUACUUACUCUAAUAUAAGUUGUAACCCCUCCUCCAUGACCACUUUAUGGUCCCCGAGAAUCACAAGUGUAUAGGCUCUAAAAACAGUAAUAGUAACAACAUGCAGGAGCCCGAGUCCGGAGCAGGUGGAAAUAACGAGACAACCGUCGCGGCACCUCCACCACGUUUACCGCAUGAGUAUCGCGGAUGGAUGUUAUAUCAGUUUUAUCGGACCUUGCCCACCUGGUUUAUCGAAAAUUUUCUCCACCUCUGGCAGCAAAUGUUUUUUGGUCACUUUGCUAGGCUGCACGCGUUCCGGAGAUUACUUUAUGACAGGUAGACGUAGAGGCUAAAGUAAGACCUAGUCGUGCUAGUUGUAAGUGGGAUUGGGAAUAAGUAAUCAGAAGCAGGAAAUUGUGAAGUGUAGAAGUAGUGCGAGAAAACAAGAAUGUUUACUUGGCGGGAGCGCGUGUUUAUAGAGUAGCGGAGAGCAAUUCUUAGAAUCCUUUUGUCGUUGAGGCACCUUUACAACUUGAAGUAGAAGACGUUCUUUUCAGUGGCCAUGAUGCUGUACAACAAGUACACGCAGCAGCUUUCGCUGCUCUAAUACCCUCUUCUCCUUCGAGCGCAUGUAAACCCGAGGACAGGUGACUUUUACGAGCAACAGCAGUAUUUCAUGCGAGGACGGUUGGAGGGCAACUACUUCCUACCAGGCCAAGGACAGCCACAGCCACAACGGAGAGAUUUCGUAGACAGCGUAGAAGAAAUUGGACAGCCGCAGCCGUUUUUUCAGCAAAGGAGUGGUCUUGUGAAACAAUUAUGAAAGGAGGGCACUUACACUCAGUUAUAAGUAGCUUUUUGAUUCGAUAAGACAGCAGGACGAGGCAGGUUGUGCAAGCAGGUGAGGCUUGUUCAUGGAUUUUGUUUUUGGAUGAGGCCGAUCAUGAUUAUACAAAGCCAUAAUCGGACAACUCCAGGACUAAGACAACAGAAACAGGAGUAGCCUUCCUACUCAGGAUUAACAUCAUAUAGACUCGAGUCGCUGUCAGAAGCUCUAAAAAAGAGAAGCCAGGGAGGUGGAGGUUGCAAUCUCGCAGCGGGUGCGAAGGAGCAGAGCUGCGGCCUCUCAGCGUUUUUUCUCUGACGAGGCGGCUUACCAAAGUGAUUGCAGUGAUAAGGGGAAGGGUGAAAAAGAAAAUUUGAAGAGGAAUAUUCCUUUUCCUCCUGGGUAGGAACGUUGUGAAGAGACACGUUCCUGACGGAAUUGCCAUAGAUCCGGGUCAUGAACAUCAACAUGUUGAUCUAUUGCACUACAUCGACACCCACUACAUUCUUAACAAUGACCACGAGUACAAAACGUUAUAAAAUGUAGACAUCCGCAUACUAUCACAAAAGAGUUGUUACUCUAUACCUCCUGUGGAACAUAUGUCUUUUCAAGAGAAUAAAGCUAGUGCUAGAGUGAUGGCCAUCGGUGAUCAUCUAUGACCAUUGAGAUUAGUAGAUAGUUCGAGAAAAUACAAAGAUGCUAAUGCUUUUUGGGGAUAUUGUGCUGUGUUGUCUGCGAAGGAACCAUAAGAACAACUUUGUCACAGAACAAGACGCUGAAGCGGCUUUAUCAUGGACAAGGUGAAUAAUUAAAGCAUAACCAUGCACAUGGACAUGCGGAAUGCUUGAAUUUUGUCAAUUUUCUCACUGAAUAUUAGAGGACAAGCAAGCAC